ACUACGGCUGCGUACGCACCUGCGUGAAGGGAGGGCCAUUUCAACACGAAAACAUGUCUCUGAUUGAUGUUCCACAAGAAUCGUGACCACUGCAGACACUCUGGACAUCUAUUUCACCUUAGAACUGUUCAACGACAACACCAGGCAAUGCAUCGAGCAAUGCUCAUUAAAGCACCUGUAGUGCCUAGUGGAGUGAGGUAUGUCAGUAGGAGUUCACGAGAAAUAGAAAGCAUGAUCAGGGUAAACCACGCUGGAGAACUAGGAGCUGACCGUAUCUAUGCUGGACAAAUGGCUGUGCUCGGUCGAACGAGUGUGGGUCCCCUCAUCCAGCACAUGUGGGAGCAGGAGAAAGAACACAAAGCGAAGUUCGAAGACUUGAUUAACAACUACCGGGUCCGACCUACUGCCCUGGUUCCAAUCUGGAACGUUGCUGGCUUUGUCCUUGGUGCAGGAUCUGCCCUACUUGGCCCAAAGGCUGCCAUGGCUUGUACUGUGGCAGUAGAAUCGGUCAUCGUAGAUCACUAUAAUGACCAGAUUCGAACUUUAAUGUCUGACCAAGAGGCUAAUAAGGAGCUGCUGCAAGUCAUCCAGAAGUUCCGUGACGACGAGCAAGAACAUCAUGACGCGGGACUCGGACACGGUGCAGAACAAACGCCUUUUUACAAAAUUUUCACUGAAGGCAUAAAACUUGGCUGUAAAGCAGCCAUUGCUAUAUCAAAAGUUGUAUGAACAAAUAAUUCUUAAAGCAACGAUCUUCCAAACGUGUAGAAUUCUUAUAGUUUAUGGUCAAAACAGCACUGUUACUGAAUGUUAAACUUAACAUGUUAUAAUAUAAGUGUCUCUUUUGCAAAUCAUA